AUGGGUAAGUCUACAAAGUUGGCGAAGAUUCACCAGAGGAGGAAGGUUAAUACAGCUUGUGUCCAGCAGACUAGGUGGGUAGGUUUGAGGGCGAGGGAUGCAGACGGGUAUAAGUUGUGGUACGCUGGAGUUAUGAAUGGUAAGAAUGGAGUGGGUAUUUUGCUGGGCAGCGAUCUUCGAGAGUCUGUGCUAGAGGUGGGCUUGGAUGAGGAGGUUAAAAGGCGCUUCUUGGAAGGGUGGGAUGAGAUUGUGCGUAGUAUCCCGCCCGCCAAGAGGUUAUUUAUAGGAGGGGAUUUUAAUGGUCAUAUUGGGUCGACUGCUGAUAGCCAUGGCGAGGUGCACGGCGGCUUCACCUUUGGGGUUAGGAACGGAGGAGGCACUUCGCUGUUGGAUUUUGCUAAGGCAUUUGAGCUGGUGAUUGCAAACUCUAGUUUUCCAAAGAGGGAGAAGCAUUUGGUUACUUUCCAAAGUACGGUGGCGAGGACUCAGAUUGAUUACAUCCUCCUCAAGAGGUGUGAUAGAGGAUUUUGUAAGGAGUGCAAGGUUAUCCCGUGGGAGAUCCUCGCGAUGCAGCAUAGUCUCUUGGUGAUAGACGCCGGUAUCAUGCUAAAGAGGAAGAAGAGGUCGGCACGAGGACGACCAACGAUCAGGUGGGGAGCCUUGACUAAGGAUAAAUCUCAAUAG